UUCAAAUAUUUCAAAUCUUUCCCAGGAUUCUUUCGUGGCUGAAAAUUGGAAUUAUAGUAAAUUUGAUAUAAAAAAUUUAACAGAUCCGUUAGAUUCAUAUCACGCAUUAGAAUAUGUAUUUAAAGUACUUGGCGAGGUAAUAGAGAACGUCGUUGGAUCUGGAAGAAAGCACUUUAGGAAAGAUGAUAUUAUGGAAAUUGCACAAAAAAUGCGUGGACAUUUGAAAAGCUUCAAACAUCAAAAUUGGGAUAAUAAUGAUCAGAAAGUUAAAUUUAUAAGUAUCCUAAAAAAUCAAGUACAUCUAUAUAAUCGUUUUUUAUGGUUGGUUGUACGUUAUUGUGCUGUAAAAGAUCGUGUUGUAAAUAGCUCUCUAGCAAAGAAAACAUCUAUUCUGUGUCGCGACAUCCUCGAAAUUAACAGCAUAAUAAAAGCCGGAAAAUCAUUCAAUAGCCAUUUAUCAAAAUUAAUUAUGGCUUUGAAAGAUCAAAACAAUGAUAAAAUUCAAAGUGAAUUAAGUAAUUUUGCCGAGGAUCCAUGUCUUGAUGUACGUUUUGACGAUGAUUCAAAUAUAACUUUAUCUCUAUCUCGAUGGUAUUGUGUAACGAGUCAAAUAUAUAGUGAUUAUAUUGGAACUCCAUCAACAGAAAUUGAAGUCCGAGGAGAAAUCUUUGUUACAAAAAAAUUAUUUUUUAAUGAUAUAUUUGCCACAGGAAAAUCAUUAAAUUAUUUAAAUUACAAAACUUUUUUAUGUAUAAUCAAAGAGAUUUCUUUUUAUAAUGACCAUCAAUUGAAUGAUAACGAUUUUAUAAUUAGAUUUCAUGGAUAUUCAAUUCAACAUUGUAAAUGCAAUCUGUUUUAUGAUUGUGCAGAUUAUGGUGAUUUAUUUGAAUAUUUUCAAAAUAAUCACAAUUCAUCAGAACAUUUUUAUCUUAGUAAAUGGAUAAACAAAAUUAAGCUAGCUUGGGGAAUAUCUAUAGGCGUAAAAUAUUUACAUAAUCAAAAAAUUGUACAUUUAGAUCUUCGAAGUGAAAAUAUUUUAUUAAAAUAUGACGAAAAAGAAGAAACAUUAAUGCCAAAAAUAUCAAAUUUUCUUUGGAGUAGAGAAAUUUAUUCUGGUAAAACUUCAGCGUAUCCGAUAAUAACAUUAUCUUCUGGAGAAGAGGUUUGGAAAAGAUGGUACGAUCCGGAUAGGUUACGUAAUAAAAAACGAUAUGAUUUUCUUCCACCAUCUGAUAUAUAUAGUUUAGGAUUAUUAUUUUGGGAAAUUGCUUGGUGUAAACCAAAAAAUUUACCAUUUAAAGAUGUUCCAAUUAAAAAUCUUUAUAAUCAUUUAACAUAUAAUAAUUAUGAAAAGUUACCAGAAUUCCCGGAUGAGUAUCAAUGUUGGGGGUUUUUAAUAAAUGGAAUGUGGAAACUCAAAGCAGAAGAUCGUUGUAAUAUUAUGACCGUAGAAUUAUCUAUGGGAAAAUUAUUUAAGGGUACAGAUUCACCAUGAUUGAUAUUUUUAAUCAGUUUUGUUUUUUUUUCUUUUAAUAAAAAAUUUUUUGAACAAAUCAUCAUUAAUAUUUUGUAUUAAAAAGUUUUAAAAUUUUAAUCUUAAAAAGGGAGAAUCCUGUAAGGAUUUGUCGAGGAAUUUAAACAAAAUUAACAAAAUUUAUAUUCGUAUGUGUUUGAAUCUAAUAUUUUAGGUUAUCGUUCUGUUACUGAAAUCAUUUA